AUUCGUUUAGCCUGGACCAAGGGCGGACUGACCAUUUGGAAACUCGGGCACUGCCCGAGGGCCCGGGGUCAGUAGGGGGCCCCAUGAGAUGCCUCUGGUACCUUUUUCAUAGGCUUUUUUGAGUUUGGGCAAGCACACAGGGGCCCCAUGAUCCCAUAUUGCCUGGGGGCCCCAUGACUUGUCAGUCCGCCCCUGGCCUAGAGUUCAGCUUUAAAGACACAAUAGACUCAAAUAACCCAAAAGAGAUAAGAAUCAUUAUUUUCAAACAAAUGAUGUUUUUAAGCCACAUGCCCCUGGUACCUUUUUCAUUGGCUUUUUUGAGUUUGGGCAAGGACACAAGGGCCCCAUGAUCCCCUAUUGCCCGGGGGCCCCAU